CGAGCCGGACCCUUGAGCUUCCCCGUCCGUCCGAAGCUCCCACGCUCCUUUCCCUCUUCCGCUCCGCUGCUCUACAUGAGUAAGGGCAGCUUACUCUGCGCGUUGGUUCUGCUGCAAGCCUGCUUUGUUGUGCGUUCGUCCCUGAUCGCGAGCAGCCGGCUGACAGGAGGCCAGAUUGGAGACAACUUUCUGUGUCAAGAUCCAAUCCGAGGAUCACGCCUGAUGCCAAGCCGUGGUCGCGAUGAGUUCGACGGCGCCGAAGCUGACCCAAUCUCCGACGGUGAGCUCUCCGGUGACGAGUACGCGAGCGAUGAUGGAGGUGUAUUUGUGGAAGGAGAUGAAGCGGAUGCGGAGGAAGAAGAGUUGCUGCCGCUAGGUGCUGAUGACGGCGGAGCAAAGGAUAAAAGCUCGGGAGAGAAGGGAAGUGGUGGAGAUGUUGAAUGCCCCGAGUGCGGGAAGCUCUUCAAGAACGAUAAAUCCAUGUUCGGCCACCUCCGGAGCCACCCGAACAGAGGCUAUAAGGGCGCAACUCCACCCGUAAAGAAGCUGAAGCUGAAGCUGUCGCCGGACUCCGAUGCUGCAUCGCCUGCUCCGACAUCACCGGGUAGCGAUCGUCCGGUAACUCGGUACAGUCAACGCGAUCCUCAGUUAACUGCGUUUGAGAUGUUGUGCGCCUGCGUGAUGCUCACACUCAGGUACAGAGACAGACAAGAAAUACAGCAGGCGCCGCCUCCGGUUAGCGAGAGAAAGUUUAAUGCAAUGGAACAAGCUGAAGGUGUUAGCGAGAGAAAGCUUGAUGCAAUAGAACAAGAUGGAGGUGGAAUAGGAGGACCGGGCACGAGCAAUGCAGCAGCUGGAGUCAAGAGCAACAAUGCAGGUCCCCAAGCCGACAAUGCGGUGCUUUGUGACGAACACGGCGGUACCGUCGCCAUAGUUCCAAAGAAGAGAAGGAGCAUGCCCAAACAAGUCAGUGAGGCACAUAAGAAGGUGAAGCUUGUGACAGCCACAAAGGAGAAGCAGAAGCGUCCUUACAUCUGCAAGCAUUGCAAGGCAGAGUUCCCCACAUAUCAGGCUCUGGGUGGGCACAUGGCCGGCCACCAAAGGGAGAAGAGGGUCCCGGCCCUGAAGGAGAAAGAAACACGUCAGGGUAUGGUUGCCCAAGGCCAGAAUGGGAAGCAAGCCAAAGGCGGCGAUGAGCCCUGGCGCGACGGUCUGUCGCUGUCGAGCAGACGACUCCAGGCUGAGGAGCUCUCCAUGGCGUUGAACGUGGAGCGGCAAUCUGGUCAGGCAUCAGGAGGGCACAUGAGGCAGCACGUUGGAAGGAGGAACGAUGGCUCGUCAUCGAUGGCGCCUCUGCCGACUGCCGAUGGAGAUAGGCGCAGGCUGUUGAACAUUGGCCUCAAUGUUGAGGCUCCAGAGCAGGAAUAG